UGUGUGUUGCGAAUUAAGUUUUUGAAUGAUCGCAUGACCGCCCUUGUGUUGGAGUGUGAGCUUCGAAUGAGUCUUGGCUUUUGUUCUCGUGAGCACCUUGCCUUGGGAUCUGAGGUGGCUCGAUUACUGAAGAACUGGGAAUGAGAAGACGCACAGGUCUCUUUGCGAUAUAAAAGCAAAUUUGAAGUCAACAGAGAUUGUGAAGCGAUGCGAGGGAACGCUGCUGUCGGAAGCUGUUUCCAAAUAUACUUCUGUCAAACAAAAAAUUCCAGCAUUAUUAUGGUUCGAUUUGAGAUAGAACGGAGUCUGUGUUUAGAGGAUUUUUUGAUUGCUUCAAAAAGCCAUCGUUCCUAGGAUCAAUUAUUCGGUCUGCCGACCCUGCCGCUUCCACUUACGGUGCUCGAAGAUGGCUGUGGCGAAGUUCGAAGGAGGAGGGAUUUAAAUUUGGAGUUCGUCGCUGGAUUGACGGAUUGCGCGGGGUGAUUACUAGAUUGGAAGGAUUGGACGCGAUCAAGUUGAGCUCGGUGCAGGUUGAUAGUCACGAAGGAGCUGGAUUAGAUUGCAUUGUGGAUGGUGGCGGCUUGAGCGCGUGUUAGAUUCUGAAGACGCACGCGGGUUGCAAAGAGAUGGCGCUCGCAGCGUCGUUGGAAAGCGAUCUGCGGAUGCUGGCGGCAGAAGCUCGCCGAAAAUUUCCGACUAUCAAAGAUGCUGCCGAUCGGUCAAUGUUUAAGGUCCGCUUAGCGUCGAACGCAAGUCAUUUGGCAGGGAGUGAUGACGUCCUCAAGACCUUUCUGUUAGCUUGUGAAAGUAGAAAUAAUAAGUUGAGCAUCAUGGGAUUGGCCGGCAUUGAUAAAUUGAUUGCUCACAGUGCUGUUUCUUCAUCAGUGCUCCCACCUAUUUUGGCUACGUUGAAAGACUGCUCAGACAUGACUGAAGAGAUAGUUCAGUUGAAGACGCUACAGCUAUCAUUGACAAUACUUCAGUCUCAGUUAUAUCCUAAAGAGGAGGGUCAGAUGGCAAUUUUAUUAGGACUUUGUCUGCGGCUUCUUGCAAAUAAUCGCAAUUCCGACAGUGUUCAUAGUACUGCAGUUGCAACUGUACGGCAAGCAGUAGCCCUCAUAUUUGAUAGUGCUCUGAAGGGUGAGGGCUUGCCAGUUUUACACUAUGGAGGAACUGGUGGUUGGUCAUCUACAUCCAACUCUCUAGCUGGUGAAGUUAGCCGCAACAUAAGUACAUCGGGGCUUGCUGAGGAUGUGUACAAUGACAUUCAGCCGCCUUUGGCAACAGAAGAUAGAACUUUAUCUGAAGCAGGAAAACUUGCACUCCACCUUUUCGAGGAUCUUACUGCACUUGCAGGGGGUGGAUCGGCAGCGUGGCUUGGAGUUCCUCAACUUCCACGAAGCUUUGCCCUAGAUGUGCUCGAGUACGUCUUUUCGCGUUAUGCGGUUAUUUUCAAGAGACUAUCCCCUUUUGCUCAGGUUUUGAAGCAUCAAGUUUGCUCACUGCUCAUGACUUCCCUCCGCACAUCAAGUGAGAUUGAUUCAAUAGUCGGUGAAGCAGCUUUUCGGCGCCUACUGCUACGGUCUGUAGCUACCAUGACCCGAUUGUAUAACUCUAUGCUGCCCACAGAGUGUGAGGUAUUCAUGAGCAUGCUCAUCAAAAGCAUAGAUUUAGACUUGCCACCUUGGCACCAGAAUAUGGUGCUUGAGACUUUGCGGGGGUUGUGCGUUGAGGCAAGAAUGUUGUGCCUUUUAUUUAGAACCUUUGACAUGAAGCACCAAAAUACGGAUAUGGUGUCCAAUAUAGUUCAUACUUUGGCAAGGGUCGUGAUAAGGAUUGAGUUGCUUGAUGCCAGCGAAGAGACAUUGACAGCUGUUGCAGGCAUGUUUUAUUGUAAGGCAAAAGGUAUAGAGUGGACACCUGAUGCAGAUCCAAGCGGCAUGGGAGUGUUGAUUGCAAGUGAGGCACAGGCCAUCACAUUAGCAACAGAGGGUCUACUGGGGGUCAUUUUUACGAUAGCAAGCUUGACUGAUGAAGCAGUGGGUUUUUCGGAGCUGAUAGGUUCUACAUCCGAUCAGUCGCCCAGCUUGGACUUGACAACGAAAGCCUCAUACAGUAAAGCAAUGGUCCCAGUUUGUACAGCCCUAGUUAAUUCUGUCUGGCGUCCAUUACUUGAAGCUCUUACUUUUAUUUUGACAAGGACACAAGGUGAAGCAAUUGUAUCUGAAAUUUUUAAGGGAUAUCAAGCCUUUACAAAGGCUUGUGGUGUACUCUAUGCUGUUGAGCCUCGGGAUUCUUUUCUUGCAUCACUCUGCAGAUUUACAUUCGCAUUUCAAAAUGAUCCAAACAGAUCAUGGGGUGGAACAGCAUCUUCAGGGGGUAAAAGACCUGAUUUCAUCGAUCAACGAGAACCAGUUGUCCUCAGUUAUAAAAAUAUCCAGGCAGUGAGGACUCUUUUCAACAUUUCACAUCAGUUAAACUCGGUGUUGGGUCCUACGUCUUGGAUACUGGUAUUGGAGACGCUGGAAGUGCUGAAUAUGGUGAUGUAUUCUGCUCAUUCUCUUGCUCAGGAUGGUGUGGGCAAUGCUGCUCGUGUAAUGGAACCAAGCAAUGAGCUUAGUAUCUUAACCGUGUAUGAUGCUCAGAUGUUUGAAAGUACUGGAAAGAUGAGUAUUCCUGCGCUUUCUUUUUUUCUUACUGCUCUGCGCCAAGUAUCCAACACGUUUGUUAGUGGACUAAGUAGUACGUCGAACUCUACUUUGCCCACUGUUAGUGGCAGUACAGCAAGCAACGUGUCUGGCCAUGCUGCAGUUAAACUAUGGGCUGUGGAGCGCAUGUUGAGCACUCUAAUGUUUAAUGUGCAUCGUUGGGAACUUGUAUGGGAUCAGUUAACAGAUCACCUUUUAGAGCUGGCAGAGCACGAGAGUCAGCAGGUGCGUACUGUUGCACUUGAUGCCUUGGAUCGAGCAAUUUGUGGAGUUUUGGCAAGCCAACAAUUCCAAGAGCAUGCACCUGGAGUUGAAUCGGCCAAAGAUUUUAACCACGAAGUCAAUGAAGGUGCACAAGAUGUAGAAAGCUCCGUCAUGAAGGCCGACAAUGGUGAUUCAAGCGCUUCAACAUGCGUGCAGCAGAGCAUUGAUAAGAUCUCACUUGAAUGUACAUUGUUGCAGCCACUCAGCACAUUGUACAAUUAUGAGCGCAUCACGGAUAUUCGUGCUGGAGCUCUCAAGACUUUAUUACAUAUCCUCGAGAGACAUGCAGAAAAGCUAAAUCAGAGUUGGCCGAGCGUCUUAGACCUACUUAGACAAGUUGCAAGUGCCUCAGAGAAGGAUCUUGUUCCCUUGGGAUUUCAGAGCCUUCGUGUUAUCUUGAAUGAAGGGCUCCUCUCAAUACCGGCAUAUGCUUUAGAGCAGUGUAUUGAGGUUGCUGGAGCGUAUGUAGUGCAACAAAAAGAUGUGAACAUAAGCCUAACAGCAAUAGGAGCAUUGUGGACAACUGCCGACUUCUUCGCUAGAGGGGUUAAUCAUGAAUUUUGCAAAGCACAAGGAUUCCGACGAUUGAGUGGCCAUUUCUCAGCAAUGAAUGUUUCGGGAUCUCCGGAUACUGGGAGGCCUGAGAAGGAGGGCGAGAGUGAUGUUGAAUCACAUUUCUUAACACCUGACAAAAGGCUAGACGUGGAUAAUGAUUCACUUUUACUGGCUGUUUAUGGCGUCAUUCAAGGAUUCGUCACCGAUGAAAGACCGGAGAUUCGUCAUUCCGCAAUUCGCACUCUCUUCCAGUCGAUUAUCAGUCAUGGGCAACAACUCUCAACAGCCAUGUGGGAACACUGCAUAGGUGCUGUAGUGUUUCCAAUGGUUGAUACUGUGCGAACUCUGGCAUCUACUUCAUCCCAAGAUGAGUGGCAUGGGAAGGAGCUUGGUGUAGAGGGUGGCAAGCCUGUCCACAUGCUCGUUCAUCACAGCCGCAAUACCGCUCAGAAGCAGUGGGACGAAACCCUAGUCUUGGUGCUUGGCGGUACGAGCCGUCUUUUUAAAUCUUACAUGAAAAAUUUUCAAAGUCUAAACGAUUUCAAGAAUCAAUGGACGACUCUUCUUGCUUUUAUAGGAGAGAGCAUUGUGAAUGGCAGCAAGGAGGUUUCUUUAGCAGCUAUUGCAUCUCUUAAUUCUCUUCUUGUUCAUCAUGCUGCUAAGGAUAAUCUACCGCCUUAUUAUUUUGAAACUGCAUUUUCCCUGUAUGAAUCAAUAGUCCCAACUGUUGUGAAACCUGAUAGCCGAGUUAUUCCAAAGGCUCAAAAAGAACUGCUGCAAAGCUUGGGUGAUCUUUAUUUUAACGGGCAUUUAUUAUUUUCAACAAGUUGCUAUUUGCGGUUGCUGGUUUUGGUGGAUCUUUUCGUUUGGAUCCCAGCUCCUCCAGGCGAUCUGGCACCAAUUAGUCAAGUUCAGCAGACGGUUCUUGCCGUUCUGCCUCUAAUAAUGCCACUAAAUGAUUAUCUUUCUCCAUUGUGGCUUACUUUUAUUUAUCAAGUUUUGUCUUACUUACCAGAAGAAAACCAUUCGAAACCUGUGUCAGCUCAAGUUGAAAACUUGAAAUUAGAGGAUUCCAAUAGGAUUUCUUCUAAAUUUCUUACCUCAAAAGCAAAUGGACGUCCCAGUAUGGUAUUAAGUACAAACGAUUUGACUAACGACAGGGAAGAACAUGGAAAUGGGUCUUUCACACAAGGACUCGAUGUUGGGACAUUUAAUGCUAAGACGGUUGAUAGUCCGGAAAAUUCAUUUCAAACUCUAUCCACGGCUUUCUUGGAGAAGUUGAUCAAGGUUGUGCUCGAGUUGCAUCAAGCUUGUCCGCCAACUGCUGCUGCAACUGGUAUACCUGACAUUGUUGCUGCAUUUGGACGGUGUAUGGCUACGCGUCGAGAUAGUCCCAAGGAAAAGUUAUGGAAAACAGCUGUGAAUUCCUUUAUUUCUGUGCUUCGAGGAGCUUUGAUCAAUGACAUUGUGGAUAGCAAGCAUGAUAUCGCUCAGGAAAAUCCUGUUGCUAGCGGGACUAUUAGGUCAAGGUUUUGGAAGGAAGUUGCAGAUGUGUAUGAUAAAUUUAUGGUUGGAGCCUGUGGACGAGCUAUUUCACUUCCAGCUGGUGUAACUAUAGAACCAGAAGUACUGGAUGCUGAUGAACAAGCGGAGAACAUGGUGCUAUCUUUUCUCGCUGAUGAACUCCUGACCUGCUGCCAAGAUGCACCUCGUGAGGUGCUGCAGCAUUUAGUGGGAGUCAUUGAUCAGUGUGCUGCGAGGACCUCCGCUUUACCAAUUUCAUAUAUUGUUUUUCUACCUGCUCACUGCCGGAGAUUCUCUUUAUCUUGUCUGGACAAGCUCUUUGUACUCUGCAGUUGUGAGCCUCACAUGACAGGUGAAUCUUCGAAGGUUAUUGUCAGUCAGAUUGCGUUACCUGUUUUGCUAGCACGGUGCAGAGCUAUUCUACACCAUUUUGCAGAAGCUGAGAAGGAAGUUGGAGAUGCAGUGCUUCCACAAAUCAUCAUGGAAGAAACUUCUUUGCUUCUUGUGAGGCUUGCAAAGCUUGUUUUACAUCCUCUAACUGCAACGCGGAUGAAUCUUCCAGUCUCCGCUAGGGAAGUUGGAGCUGAAAAGAACGAGUGUGAACAAGAAUUGAGGACGAGUUCUUCAAGUAUCUACCGUCUAAGUUCUGAACGAGCUCACUUAUUUCUGCUGUACAAAAACUUCUGUGAACUGUUGACUUCAAGAGUUUUGGAAGUAAGGGAGCUUCUUCAAGCAUUGCUCUUGCUUGUUGGCACAGAGCUAGGUUUGUAGCUGGUGUUUAUAGCUUUCAGAGGUGACAUUGACAUAAUUAUUGCACCUUUCUAUCCACAUGGUGCGGCAAUAAUGUAGAUUAUUCAAUCUUGCUAGACUCCUGUGUUAAUGAUAAGAUUCACAGCGCAGUAUAUGCUCUGAAUGAAAUGACCAUCAAUUUUCAAAAAAAAUGUUUUAGAUUUACAAUUC